AUGUCGAAUCCAACUCCUUUAUCAUCAUCAUCAUCAUUGGAUCUUAUCACUAUACUUAAUGGAACAACAAUAGCAACAUCAACAUCUAUUGCUCCAAUGCCAAUGAUUAAACUCUUACCAGUUGCACUUGUUCUUUCAACUAUUGUUAUUUUAUGUAUUUGUGGUAAUAUUCUUGUUAUAUUAUCUGUAUUUACAUUUCGACCAUUACGUACUGUACAAAAUUUUUUUAUUGUUUCACUUGCUUUUUCGGAUAUGCUGGUUGCUAUUACCGUUAUGCCAUUUCAUAUUGUUACACAUAUACUUGAUCGAUGGAUAUUUGGACGAAUAUUUUGUCAAAUUUUUGUCACUUGCGAUGUUCUGUUAUGUACUUCAUCAAUAUUAAAUCUUUGUGCUAUAGCACUUGAUCGUUAUUGGGCAAUAAGUGAUCCUAUACAAUAUGCACGUCAACGUACAGUACGACGUGUUCUUUUUAUGAUUGCUCUUGUUUGGAUAUUAUCUGCAACGAUAUCAAUUCCGCCAAUAAUUGCAACUAUUUUUGGUUCUGAUGACUUAAGCAAUUUUAAUGAAUUACAAUGUGAAUUAUCAAACAAUAAAGUUUAUGUUAUUUAUUCAGCAUGUGGGUCAUUCUAUAUUCCAGCAAUAAUUAUGACUGUUGUUUAUGCACAUGUUUUUAUUGAAACAAGAAAACGUUUCCGGGAACGAGCGAAAGCUGCACAAAAAUUAGCAAAUGCAACUCGUGUACAUAAAAGUCUUCCAAUGAAUAGUUGUAUUAUGGAUCAAUUUCAACGUAAUUUACAGAAAAGUUUAACAUCAUCAUCAAAUACACAUCGAAAUUCAUCAUUAAAAACUUCAGCAUCAAAUGGAAGUGGUGUCGACAAUUUCAGUAGUGAUGGUGGUGACGAAGUGACAUGUUUAAAACAAGAAUACACAAAAACAGGUUCAUCUUCAAGUACUAGUCAUAAUAACACAGCUAAUAAUAAUAAUUAUAUUCACUGUCAAAGAUCGGACGUAGAUAAUUCACAGAAUUCACUUAUAUUAAAUAGUGAUGACAAUAAAAAGUUCUCAAUAUCUUGUGAUGGAUCACCAACAAGUGCUGAUAUAUCUAUUCCAGUACCUAAUUCAUGUACUGUUCGUGAAUGUAAAACUGAAAAUGGAUCUUUUAAUCAACAACAAAAUGUAUCUGUUCAAACAACAGAAUUAGUACCUAAAACAAAAUGUUUUCCUAUAAAACGUUCAUCGAAAGAAAAAGAACAUAAUCGUAAAAUGUUAUUUAAAGGAAAAAGUUUAGCAUCAUUAAUGCAUGAAAGACAAAAAAUAUCUUUAACACGUGAACGUCGUUUAUCACGUACACUUGGAAUAAUUAUAAGUGUAUUUCUAUUAUGUUGGUUACCAUUUUUUCUUGUUUAUAUUCUAUCAGCUUUUAUUAAAGUAUCACAAUAUAUUGCAGAACCAAUACCAACAUUAAUACUUUGGCUUGGUUAUAUUAAUAGUGCUGUUAAUCCGUUAAUUUAUACAGUAUUUAAUGUUGAAUUUCGUACGGCAUUUAAACGUUUAUUAUUUCCACGUAUAAUGAAUAAAAAUUCGAGUCGAAAUUGUACGACAAGACAAAGUAGAACAGUAACAUUUUAG